AUGCUGCAGGGAGGGGAGGCUCUGGCUUCGCAGACCCUUCAGGUCUCCUUGGAUGCUUGCAGCCUUGGGCAACAACAGCUACUGGAAAGGCAGCCCCAGCGCACACAGAAGCAGCAACUGCGUCAGGAGUACACGUCGCAAGAAAUACACUCAACACGUGGGAAAGAAGACGGUCUCGAGGACCCUAGUGCUCUCCACAGCACCAACUGCUUCAGUAUCCCAGUCAGAAGUACCAGCGGUAGCAACAGAAACAACGACCAUAGCAACCGGUGGCGUGCUGCUGAGGGUUGCCAAGCUUGCGCAGAUGCACAAACAGGUGCGUUAUCUUCUGAUGAGUUUGGAGAACAACACGGGAAACAGCAGAAAGAACCCGUGCACUCUCUGAAACAACAGCAACAGUUGCAUCACAAGCAGCAGCAAACAGCGCUGGUGCAGCAGCAGGAAGCAUUUACUGCCUUCGUGCCGUGGCCGGGGCGUGCUGACUACUACAAGGGAGCAAAGCCACUGCCGUCAUUUGGGGAAGCAACCCGUGCUACUACUGCAACGCAAUCUCCUUGUGCCCUGAGGCGCGAGCUACAGCUGCUGCAGCACGGCCUAGUUGCAGCAGCUGCUACCAGCAGCAGUAGUAACAGGAACGGCACCAGGAACGAGUCUUCUGUGGGUCGGGCUGUGCGUCGCCAGGCCUCGAAGUUGAAGCGGCUGACGGCAAAUUUAUUGUCUCUUUCUAUUUCUUCAACAGGAUCAACCAUGGCUGGGAGCCCUCCAGCAGCAGGCGCCUCUUCUAGGGGCAGUGGACCGUCUGUAGACAGCCGAAUUCUGGUGGGCGAGGAUGCGCUGAUGUCGGACUUGCCAUUGGAGGUUGACGAAGGGCACAGGGCGCUGCAACCGUUUCUAUCUUGGGGCCUUGAGUGGUCAGGCAGGCAUCGCAGCUUAGAGGCAGGCAUCCUAACUCUCGUUAACCAUUCUUCUCCUCUGAAGUCCGUAGUACCUCAAAAUACAGAGAGCACUGAAUUUGACCCUCUUGUGGGCUUGUCAGCUAAAGCCGCACCAGCUGACACAACGGCUGCUGUGGCGGGAGGUGUUGGCGCUGGGCCGUGUCCAUACAUAUUUGCCUUCGAAGAUAUCGUGGAGCAAUUUGCGAAGGUGAUCCCCAGUCCGUCCAGCCUCGAUGCUGCAAAAGCAAAGGAUGACCUACCAGGUGUUGACAGCAAAACAAGCCCCGAAAAAACCGCUGGAUAUGGUCCUGAAACGGCAGAUCGUGGAGCUUAUCGCAGUUGUGCGGCAGCUGCUGCGGAUGAUAACGCAGACGCAGAGGGAGAUCUUGAAGAUGUUUCAGCGACGGCAGAGUCACGUGAUAACGCUUCAACGUUAGGUAUAUCUGGACAGGAAGGAGCUGCGGCUCCAGCAGAUACUGCUGCUUGUGCUUCGUCACACGCGUACGUUGAAUGCGAUAACUUCUCUCUUGCCCGUGGCAAAUUCGCAGCCGGAGCCGGCCAACCAGAGGCAGCACGGGAAACGGCACCAGCCGAAGGUACAUCAGUUGCGGAAACGGAAACAGAAGCGGCUGCGGGGGCAGAAGUGGCAGAUGUAGCAACAGCGGAAGCCGUGAGGGACUUGACAACAGAUGAUGCAGCCUCAGGCAAACCAUGUGCAGGAGAGCGUGUCGGUGCAGCAGGGGAAGCCGAAUUAGCACUAGACGAAGCGGCAGAGGAUGCAGCAGCAGAAGUAUUAGAAGAAGUGCACGUGCCAUGGGGCACUGCAGGAGAGGUGACAAGGAAAGCCGCAGCCGAUGCAGCAGCAGAAGCAGGAGCAGCUCUGGAAACGACAGCAUGCGACGCGCGCUCUACGGCCGGAGAAGCUUCAGCAGCAAGGGGAUCUCGAGGACGAGAGAGUGAGCCGAUUCCUGCUGCUAAGGGCUCGUCGGUAGACGAUCAGUAUGAAGGAACGCCAGAGCAAGCAGCGGAAGGAGCAGAAAAUACACCAAAGGCAGAACCAGUGGCAUCCCCAACUUCGGGAGGGCCACCAGAAAAAGCAGUAAGAGCUGGGUCUGUGGAGGAGUGUCUGCGUACCGUUGGGGUGGAUGACAUGGCAGCAGCCCCGAAAAAACCGCAGCUUGAUAUCUUUGGAGCAAAAGCAAAAGCAGCCGCAACAGGAGAAGCGGUAUCCAGCCCAUUGGAGGAGCUGGAAUCCGACGAACUUCACAGCGAACAACGGAGGCUAAGCUCGCGACAGCUGACAAUGCGUGGUAGGGAAGAAGAUCCUGAGGCUUUGGAGGCACGACAACUGAGAAUGGGACUCUCUGAUUUCCCGGAGUGGCUGAUGCAAGUUGACGCUGAUGCAGAUGAGCAGAGGCCCAACCCUUACAAGGCUGUCCGCCUCAGGAAGACGGGCUUAUUGCCUGCGGGAGAAGACGGAAACAGGGACGAGGCAACAGCACGACGGAUUAGAGCUCGGCUUGACUGGAUGAAGAGCUGUGCGGCCAAGGGCAAGCAGCAGGGGCGACUGCCAGGUGCUGCGGACAGGACGGCAACAACCCCAGAGACCAUCAGCCAGUGCAGCAGCCGGAGCGCUUCAAAAGCACCAGAAGAUGCCUGGAGGCACAGGCAGUUCCAUAGGCAAGGGAAGCCAACACGAGGCCCUCCAGGGGACUGCCAGAAUCAUCAAGGGCACAUCACCAGUGACUCUUAUGGUCCCGUGGGGACGGAUUACAUGGGGAAGGAACAGCGAAGUCCGGAAGGAGAGAUCACCUCCGUGGCAGCACUGAGGGCUCGGUUUGAGCGGAGCCGAGCGGAUUGGUUCAAAGGAGAGCUUCAUCGCUUUUCUCGGCUGAACGAUCCCCGCGAAACCUCGGACGCAACCCAGUAG